CGUUCUCUCCAGAUAAGAAACUCCCUAAGAAUGUCUCUGCAUCCCUUGGUCUCGAUUUCCAUCCUCCUAUUACUGCUUGCUGCAGAUCCAAAUGCCGCAAGUGAUACUAAUCCGAAUGGUAAUGCAGGCAUCAGAGUGUUUGGCGACGUUAGCUCUGAUCCCCCCAAGUCCAUGGACUGGAGACGUUUGGGGGCCGUCACACCUGUGAAAGAUCGCAAAGGAUGCCAGAAUGGUAGCUGGGCUUUUGCGGCGGCAGAAGCCAUCGAGGGAAUCAACAAGAUUGCGACUGGAGUGUUGGUGGAGCUGUCGGCGCAGCAGCUGCUGGAUUGCUCCCGGAGCUAUGGUACCGAUGGCUGCCACAGCGGGUUUCCCCAGAACGCAUUUGAAUACCUCGUCGACACAGGGAAUGGCCUCUCCACCGCAUCGGAUUACCGCUUCACAGGAUUCAAUGGCACCUGCCGAAAACACAACCGCUACGCCGUAGGCAUUGACAAUUACGACAAUUUCUACAGCUCCAGCGACGACACUGAGAUCGUCAAGCAGGUUGCCAAGCAGCCAGUGACAGCUCUAAUCGAUGGCAACGCGCCGGAGUUCCAUCGCUACAAAGGGGGGAUUUACAAGGGCCCGUGCAAAGACGAGCAGGCAACUCCGUAUCUAGCAGUGCUCAUCGUCGGCUAUGGAUCCGAAAACGGCCAAGACUAUUGGAUCAUCAAAAACUCGGCGGGGACAAACUGGGGAGAGAAAGGCUACAUGAGGCUGCAGCGUGGAAACCAUGGCCUUCCACUGGGUCGAUGUGGAGUAAAUGGCUUCGUCUACUUUCCUGUCAAAGCGAAGGUACCGUCUCCGCCAUCUCCACCACCACCAUCUCCGCCCCCGCCGCCACGACCACGACCAUCUCCACCGCCAUCACCCCCAGUUCCGUGCUACAAGAGAAUUCACUGCGGCUUCACAGGCAUUCCGUGUUGCUUUUCCUGGAAAGCCGUUUGCUGCCCCAUGUGGAAGCGAUGUACUUUCUCUGGAUGCGCUUAGGAUUUGUUUUAGAUUGAUUUUUAUGUUUUGAAAUGUCUCUUGGUUCUUGGGCUUAAGCACUUUAGGGAAAAGAAGGAUUCCAUUCUUAGGAUCA